AUGGCAGGCAAGUUCAAACCUCUCCUCAACCUUGCAUAUUUUCAACAAACUUCAUCUCAAACUGCACUCAUUAUCGGAGCCACAGGCCAAACAGGUCGCCACCUGCUUCAAAAUCUGCUCGCCUCACCGCACUUCAGCCAUGUCGGCGAGUAUGGCCGCAGAGUGACUCCCACAGAGGAGAUAACGACUGGGAAAGACAAGCUCGAGCAAAAGACCAUUGAUUUUGAGAAGAUCUCGGAGUCAGGGUUGAAGCAGAAAAACUGGGAUGUGGUGUUCAUCACUCUUGGGACGACGAGGGCUAAUGCAGGGAGCGCAGAGGCUUUUGAGAAGAUUGACAGGGAAUAUGUUCUCGCUGCUGCUAAAGAAGCUAGGAGCUCAGAUCCCUCAGCAUCCCAACGACUCGUCUACCUCUCUUCCGGUGGAGCUAAUUCCAGUUCCCCUUUCCUCUAUCCCAAGAGCAAAGGCUUGACUGAAGAAGGUCUGGCAAGCCUGGGAUACUCCGACACAAUUAUCUUUCGGCCUGGUUUCCUCGCAGGUACAAACCGGUCAGACCACAGACUCGCGGAAUCUGUCUUCGGGAAAAUCACCGGUGUCUUAUCUUACGUGACUUCUGCGGUGGAAAUCAACAUCCGCACGCUCGGGAAGGCGAUGGCUGAAGCAGGUCGCCUUGGUUCCGCCUCGCUUCCUCCCGCAGUACACGCCGCACAAGCGGGCAAGGACGGCGCAAAGUUCACUGUCAUUAACAACGCUGGAGCUAUCAAGCUAGCUGAGCUGACAAAAUAA